AUGCCGCUUAGCCUCGAUAGCGAUGAUUGGUCAAGCUUGGCUAUCGGCUCCUGGGGUGCCACUAUACCUGCUAACAUUAGCCAGUGGCGAUACAAUAAUGUCCAUAGCGUACCCAUAUAUAGCUAUGAUGGAUAUUCAAACUCAAUAGAAGCGUGGAAGCUCAUCGACAAUCUCAAGAAUAUUGUCCACCGUCAAACUACGCCCCUCGGAGCCACUAAGGCCGAGCUACUAGGAGUGAAACACGACCAAGAACAGAAUGAAAAGUUCCAAGAAGAAGUGCGAGCUCUGCAAAUGCAAACCGAAGCAGGCCACUCACUGGCCCUGCGGGCCCGAACAUGGGCCGCAAUAGCGACCAAUAGCGCCAGCUCACCAGGAGCUCAUAGCCAAGUUUGGACCAAUCAUUUCUACGGAGGCUUUGCGAAUGAUUUGGAUUAA